AUGGGGUUAACGGCUCAAGAAGCUACUUUUGAGAGCAUCAAGGCACUCUGUUCUAACUACAAAAAGGACAGCGCCAGCAGAAAGACGGAAAGCUACUUACAGCAACGUCUUGCUAAACUAGAACAACUGUGGGAAGAAUUUGAACAUAGACACAUAACAAAGCUAGAAGUACUUGAAGACAAGUCGAAUAUUAACUACUUCACUAACAAGGUUUAUGAAAAAACUAAACAGCUGUACGAAUCGACUAAAAGUCAUAUGAAAGAAUUACUAUUUACUCAACAAAAGCAGAAGGAGUCCUUAGACGUCAAUUUAAUUGAGAUUCUCCAAGAUAAAGCUGAUGAGAAGACUAAAGAACUUAUGGCUCAACAAGAAGCUAGAUUCAAAGCGUUGAAAAGAGCUAUGACGAAGAUUGACCUUGAAUUUAUUACCGAAAAGUGGGAAUUGGAAGAUUGCGUAUCAACUUUGAAAACUAAAUGGGAUUGUAUUGAGAAGAUACACUGGGAACUGGAAGGUGCGCUGAAAGAUCAAAGCUUUAAAGACGAAUACAUGCAGAAGUUUGAGGAUAUUGAAAACAGGUACGACAGUAUUAGAAAAGCACUAAAUAGUAAGAUCUGGUCGAAUGCUCAUUACCAACGAUCCGCGCCGAAAAUUGAAAUUCCUGAGUUCUCUGGUAACUAUAUUCAGUGGAUUUCUUUCAAAGAUAUUUUUCUCGAAACUAUUCACAACAAUCCAACCAUCCCUAAGUCGCAAAAAAUGCAACAUCUAAAAACUAAAUUAAAGGGUGAAGCGGAACGCCUAGUACAGCAUCUGUCAAUAAACUCUGAUAACUAUGAUUCAUGCUGGGAGAUGCUGAUACAUCGGUAUGAUAAUCGCCGUCUUCAGUUUACCUCAUUCAUGAACGCCAUGCAGCAAUUACCCACGAUUCAGCAACCGAAUGCAUAUAACCUGAAAAGGAUGCACGGCAACAUCAAUGAAAGCUUGAACGGCCUCGCCAACAUGGGAGCCCAAGUGUCCACUUGGGGACCGAUUAUUGUGCACUAUAUGUCACAGAAAUUGGACACCGUUACUUUUAACGAAUACGUAAAAGAAAUGAAGAAUAACCGAGAAAUUCCUGACCUACAAGAGUUUUUGUCAUUUCUGGAAUCAAAAUUUCUAGCUUACGAGACUGUUAAAAGCUGCCAAAAGGACUCAUUUAUCCCUCAAAAGCAAUAUUUCAAUAAACCUUAUAACAAGAGUCUCAAUGGCCCUAACAACAACUACAAGCCUUACAACAACAAAUUCAACUUCAUGAAAAAAUCAACCUUAUUAGAAGGCAAUAAGGAGAUUUCAAAAACAUUUCAUGCGUCAUAUGGACAGUGCCCAUUUUGCAGCGGUGAUCACGUGCUGAUGCGGUGCGAUAAAUUUCUUGACCUAGAUUGCGCGAGUAGAAACAAAACAGUGGCAAAACUCAACGUCUGCAAAAAUUGCCUAUACAGUCACGGCUACGGAAAGUGCAACUCACCGAAAACAUGUAAAGACUGCAAUGCAAAGCAUCAUACAUUAUUACAUAUGAAUAAAUAUAACACUGAAACUUCUAGACAAUUUACAGGGAAUGAUAUCCAGCCUCGACCUUCCACAUCAACUCAACAAGCUCAUCACUUAUCGACGAAUGACAUUGAAGUUCUUUUAACUACUGUUCAGGUCAAAAUAAAAGCUGUUGACGGGACUUACGUCACGAUGCGCGCGCUUCUGGAUCAGGGAGCGCAAGUGAACUUAAUGACUGAAAACGCUGCCCAACUGUUACGACUGCCGAGAACAAAACUAAACGCCACUGUCUCUGGAAUAGGGUCAGCUGCUGGAAAUUGCAGGGGACUGGUCAAUUUGGACUGUCAAUCCAUUCACUCCGAUUUCAAGUUUGAAGCUCAGGCUCUAGUUCUACAGAAAAUUACAAACAAACUUCCUAACAACACCUUUAAUAAAACUAACUGGACUCACCUCCAAAACUUAAAGCUGGCUGACCCGGACUUUAAUAGGUCAAGCUCCGUCGACCUGCUGCUGGGGGCAGAGGUUUAUUCCGAAGUAAUCCUAGACGGUGUGCUGAAAGGGAAUCAAGGCUCUCCAACAGCACAACAUACUCACUUAGGCUGGAUAUUGUGUGGAAAACUCGAAACAUUUCACUGCCACGUAGCUCUGAUAGAUACCACUGAUCUGUCAAGAUACUGGGACAGUGAAGAUAUAACCGUAAGCUCUGCAGAUAUUAGCCCAGAGGAUAAGUGUGAAAUCUUCUAUCAAGAGACUACUAGAAGAGCUCCCGAUGGGAAAUACGUCGUCAAAAUGCCUAUGAUGCAAAAUUACGAACAACAGCUAGGAAACUCAAAACCUACCGCAAUUUCUCAGUUUUUACAAUUAGAGAAACGGUUGAAUAAAAAUGAAAACUUAUCACGCAGCUACAAAAACUUUAUGAACGAAUAUUUGCAAUUACAACAUAUGAGACUAACGGCGAGUCGAGUUACGUCAGAAAACAAUAACAAUGAAAAUUUCUUCCCGCAUCAUCCCGUACUCAAUGAGAACUCUAGCACCACGAAAUUGAGAGUUGUGUUUAAUGGUGCUCAGGUGACUUCAAGUGGAAAAAGUUUAAACAGUCUGAUGGAAAAAGGACCUAACCUACAAAAGGACAUUCAAGACUUAAUACUUAAAUGGCGAACGUAUCAAUAUGUCUUCACGGCAGACGUCGAGAAGAUGUUCAGAUGCAUCUGGCUUCAUGAAGAACAACAAAACCUUCAGAAGAUCAUAUGGCGCACGUCAGCUGAUCACAUGUUACAAGAAUAUGCUCUAUGUACUGUAACAUAUGGUACAAAAUGCGCGCCGUGGCUAGCGAUGCGAACGCUAAAACAACUUGCAAUUGAUGAGCGACACAAUUAUCCUGAGGCAGCAAAUAUUCUGGAAAAUGAGCUGUACGCCGAUGACCUCGUUAGCGGUCAUAAUUCGCUUAAAGCAGCAAAAUACCUUCAAGCUGAACUUAUAAAACUCCUAGAGGCAGGAGGAAUGAAUCUACGUAAGUGGACCAGUAACAACUCUGAAUUAUUGGAACAUCUAAGUGAGGACAAAAUUUUGAAAACUACUUUCAACUUUAAGCAGGAAGAUUCCAUGAAAACGUUGGGAUUAGGCUGGAAUCCGAACGCAGAUACUUUCACUUUUAACUGGAAAAUAGCUGAAAAUAGCAAGAAACCGUUGACGAAACGAAUUUUGCUUUCACAAAUAUCUCAACUCUACGAUCCUAUGGGGUUUCUUGCACCGAUAACUAUUUUAUCAAAACUUAUCUUUCAACGUGUAUGGACAGAAAAACUAGACUGGGAUGAUACCUUGCCUGUUGACAUACAGACUCAAUGGAUGAAGCUGAAAAAUGAACUACCUGAGAUAAAAAAUAUACAACUUAAUAGAUGGAUCGGUAGUCAUAAUAACAAAAUCGAUUUAUUUGGAUUUUGUGACGCCAGCGAAAAAGCUUUCGCUUGCGUUGUAUACGCUCGUACAAUGACCGAGUGUGGACAACCGCGUGUCACAUUGCUGACGGCAAAGACUAGGGUUGCACCACUCACACAAAAGUUGUCGCUACCUCGACUUGAGCUCUGCGGUGCGCUACUACUAUCCAAACUUAUAGACAAGGUGACUAAAGCACUUAAAGGCACAAGCGUAACGACAUGGGCUUGGUCUGAUUCUCAAGUAGUACUGGCAUGGCUGCAAGGAGAACCAUCUAAAUAUGAAAAGUACGUUGAAAAUAGAGUAUUGACUAUUCGGAAGGUGAUACCAGCUUCACAUUGGUUAUACAUAGAAUCUAAAAACAAUCCCGCAGAUUGCGCCACUAGGGGCCUAUACCCAAGUAAGCUACUCAACUUUUCUUUAUGGUUUACGGGGCCCGAAGUGCUGAAAACUUUCCAAGUUGAAACUAACAUCGAGCAAACAGUGAAAUGCUUUACAACAAAAAUUGAGGAAAAACAAGUAGCGACAGCCCUUAAACAAUCGAACGACAUAAUAAAUGAAUUAUUACAGAAACAUAGUUCUUUAACUGUAGUACAACGAACUAUCGCUUGGAUUCUACGAUUCUGCAAAAACGCACGGAUUAGCAAACAAACAACGAAGAAAAAUGACACCGAAUCACAUAUGUUGUCACCGUGUUACUUGAAACCGAAUGAAUUAUUUAUCGCUAUGAAUUUAAUAACGCAGAAGGUCCAGAGAUAUGACUUUGAAACGGAAUACGAAUUGUUAUCAAAAAAUCAAUUAUUACCUAACAAGAGCCCACUUUGCAAACUGAACCCAUACCUAGACGAGGAUGGCGUUAUGCGGGUUGGCGGUCGAUUGAAUAAAACUAAUUUACCUGCGGGCGUAAAGAACCCUGCAAUACUUUCGAAGACGGGCAGACUAACACUACUGAUUAUCUCGCAAGCUCAUGCCGCCACACUUCACGGAGGCGCUCGACUCACCCUCGCUUAUAUCCGCCAACGAUUUUGGAUAAUAGGUGGUAACAGAGUCGUCAAAACUGAGAUUCGCAAGUGUAUUCGCUGUCACCGGUUCCGGUCCAUCGAAAACCACCAACUCAUGGCGGAUCUUCCACCACAGCGGGUCAAACCGUCACGGCCAUUUACACACUGCGGGAUCGACUUCACAGGUCACGUGGAUGUUAAACUAAACAAAGGGAGAGGAGUGAAAACCUCCAAGGGCUAUAUUGCUAUUUUUGUGUGCAUGGCGACAAAAGCCGUUCACAUCGAGCUUGUGUCAGAUUUAAGUACAGAGGCUUUUAUGAUGGCCUUUCAGAGAAUGUGUUCAAGACGCGGGACACCACAAGUAAUGUACUCUGACUGCGGCACUAACUUCAAAGGAGCUUCCCGAAUGCUGAAUAGAGAGUUUGAAUAUUUUCUAAAGGAACUUUCUCCUGAGUUAUUUAGUGAAGUGAGUAAAAUGAAGGUGGAGUGGCAGUUCAACGCACCCGCCUGGCCGACCGCCGGGGGUCUAUGGGAAGCAGCGGUGCGGUCGAUGAAGCAUCAUCUUCGCCGUGUUCUAGGUGAGCAGAAACUCACCUUCGAAGAGUUUACUACCCUGCUAGCUAAAAUAGAGGCUUGCAUGAACUCACGGCCAUUAUGUCCGCUCACUGAAGACCCCGACGAAUUUUAUCAUUACCUAACACCUGGCCACUUUCUUACUGGCAGCCCUACGCUUACACUUCCGAUAUCAGACUAUGAAGAUGACCGGUAUCUUAACAUAAGAAAGAGAUGGCAACUAACUGAACACAUGUUCCAGAGUUUUUGGAGAACCUGGUCAAAUGACUAUCUAACUACACUGCAAACUCGUAGCAAAUGGAGGAAAGCUACCCCGAACAUAAAAAAUGGAGAUAUCGUUUUAAUAAGAGACAACAAUAUUCCCCCUGGGAAGUGGGCCAUGGGUCGGGUGAUUGAAGUUUAUCCUGGAAGUGAUGAACGUGUGCGAGUCACAGCUAUUAAAACGCAAGCUGGCAUAAUCAAGCGACCAAUUACGAAACUAUCAGUACUACCGAUUGAACGUGACAACAAGCAAAUAGACGAUUCAGCAAAUCGAGGCGCGAUUCAGGCCAACUAUACAACAAAACCUAAAGCAAGGCAGUAUCAAACUGGAAAGAGUAAAGGUUUCACCAUGUUUACAACACUUCUUACACUAUUUGUUCUGCUUAUGAGUACAAACGGUUUGACCGUAGAAGACUCAGGAAAUAACGUUCAAGUUGCCAACCUUGGAAGAAAUCGUCCUUUAUAUUAUGAAACGGUUGGAAAGGCACAGUUGAUACAUGAUGAAUGGAGACUUUUGAUGUAUUAUAACCUCACAACUUACUGGAGCGGAGUUGAGAAGCUGCAAACCUACCUGCAAGGACUAUCGGGACUAUGCGAUAGAUUGGACCCACGGUACUGUAAACCCACACUUGGACAACUUUCGCAUGAACUAGAGAUCUUCAACUACUACAACAACAUUCUGCUUGCUCCACACAAACAACUUGCUGGUCGAAACAAACGCGGUUUGAUCGAUGGAGUGGGUUAUGUGGCGAACAACCUAUUUGGUAUUCUUGAUCAGCGUUUUGCAGAUCAAUAUCAAACCGAUAUUCACGCGGUAAAAAAGAACGAAGCCCACUUGUUGGAACUAAUAAAAAACCAGACUUCUAUUAUAGAACUGGAAAAGAGUAGAAACUGA